AGGCUCCAAUCUAAAACAAACCCAAAACAACAAUAAACAAGCAAACAGAGGUAGGACCAACCCAGGACCCUGCUGCUCCUGUUAAUUUAUUAUCCCUGGUCUACUCUUUUAGACCAUGCUCAGUAGAGUUCCUCAAGGAUCUUUGAUGAUUACGUAGGAGAAAGUUUGAAUUUCUGGACACUAAAGAUUAUCUUGCAUGACUAAGCCACGAGCUGAUUGGUUGGAUUAACUGGAGAAACUUCAGGCAUGGGUCCUUAGCUCUAGGGUGGAUCAAGGACUGGGUUUUGGAAGUGGGUAUAUAUAAUCCAGGGCCUGAGCCCUCCUUCAUAUCAUUCUGCAGUCAGUUGCUUGGACUUGCCUUGUGUUGAAGUCGGGGAAUAUCUGAGACGGAAAUGGAUGCUGCCAAUGAGAAUAGCUGGUGGAUGAUCCCUGAAAACUUUGAGUCUCCAUUCGUGUUCUUCAUAGAUGAGGACCAGGAGCAGCACAUAUUUGGCCAUGGUGACGAAUACCUCAGAUGCGUCGAGGAACACAGCAACACCUUCAUUCAACUGGAGAGAUGGUUCACAGCUUCAGGCCAGACUCGAGUCACAGUGGUGGGACCAUUCAGAUCAAAGCACUGGUUGGUGGAUAUGAUUUGGAACCUGUGUAACCAGGAAGCUUGCCACAGGGCCCGAGGCCAAGAGAUGUUGGAUCUUGUCCGGAAGCAGCCUCUAACCAGAGCUCACUUGGAUGCCUCCCUCACAGUGCAGGCACGUGAUAUCAAGGAUUUAGUCACCACCUGGGACUGAUCUACCCUGGGAAACAAGAAUGUGACAGUUUUGACCAGCCUUUAAGAUGAACUAAAGGGACAUGGCAUGGUGCACUAUCCUGAGGGAAGACUCGGGUGCAAGUAUCUGAGGGACAUCUCCCAAGCAUAAGGCUUUUCUGUAAUGGCAAAUGUGCAAUAAAACAAUGCCUUGCA